AUGGAGGAAGAGGAAGAGCUUUGGUCCUGGCUGCAAGAAGUUUGCGAGGCACAAAGCUUUUCGAAUCCUGGAUGGGUGACUCCUGAAGAUGACUUUCAAAGGCUUCGAGCUUCGGUGCCCGAGUGGCUCCUGGAAGAGGAUCAUCGCUUUGCUUGGAGAGUGGUCUCCUUGCUAGGGAUGUAUGGCGAGCUAAGCUUCAAUCUGCACGCCCAGACACCCAGUGCUGAAAGCUCUGGCUUGACCUAUUUGAGUCUUCAGUUCACUGGAGCGGACUACUCGGUGGAAACGGAUCCGCCCGAGAACUGGGAGCAGCGCUUGAGUUGUGGACAUCUCUUCGUUGGGCCGCAGUAUACGGUGGAUUUGAUACCGGGUGGUGCUGUGAGCAUGGUGCCGCUCAACGAUUUGAAAGAGAUCAUUGUUUCCAAAUCCCUUGGUGACUAUUUGCGAUCUUUAAAGCAAUGGUUGGAGGAUUGUCUAAAGUCGCUACCUCGAGAUCAAUGGAAGAAUGCCUGGAAAUCUAUGAAGACUGGCAUUGGAGGUCCUUCACACUCUGCCUAUUUGGUCACCGGAAGCUUCAUUUCCUUUCCAGAUUACCUCCUUAAGACUCUGCCACCCUCUCUUCAAGCUGCUCGGGAGGCUGCUUUGCGAAAGCCGAAGACCAAAAAGAAGCGCAAGAGGAAGUUUUGUUGUGCCGGCUGUGAUACUGAAGCAGCUAAGGAGACCUUGCGUUGUUGCACAUACUGUGGGGAAGAGAAUGACUGUGCAUACUUCUGUAGUGAUUGUUGCAAAGGUGGCUGUUGGUGUUCCGUUUGCGGUUCUUGCUAUCAGUGCUGCGACUUGAGCCAUUCACCUCCACAGGAGGGUGAAGGGCCUGAGGAGGAAUCAUGA